AUGAGCGUCCACACAACGCCUUCCAAGAAGGUUCGUCCAUGACGUUGUCGCCACGGCUCCUCGCAUCGCAUUGCAUCUCGACUAACUCGAAUACACAGGCUGCAUCCGCCCUAGAGAACUUCAAGAUGGAGUCCCCCGCCAAGCAAGGCCUCCAAUCCGAGGCUGACAAGGAGAACAUGGAGCGCUACGAGUCCGACGAGAUCGCCGUCCCCAUCAAGGGCAUUCCCGAACUUCCAGAGGAGCCAGUAGAGAAGGCCGCAUCAACGGUUGCAUCAACUAUCAAGCAAGAGGAGGCAGUCGAACCAAUCCUACAAGAAAACCCACAACGCUUCGUGCUGUUCCCAAUCAAGUACCACGAGGUAUGCUACGGUCAAUACAGACGCGCCUUGACGCGUAAAGUGCUUGCGCUCAGAGACUGACGCGUCUCUAUAGAUCUGGCAGAUGUACAAGAAGGCCGAGGCCUCUUUCUGGACUGCAGAGGAGAUUGAUCUCUCCAAAGACCUUCACGACUGGAACAAGCGCCUGAACGACGACGAGCGCUACUUCAUCUCCCAUGUCCUGGCUUUCUUCGCCGCAUCCGAUGGCAUUGUCAACGAGAACCUGGUUGAGCGCUUCAGCGCCGAGGUGCAAAUACCCGAGGCGCGUUGCUUCUACGGGUUCCAGAUCAUGAUGGAGAACAUCCACUCCGAGACAUACUCUCUCCUCAUCGACACCUAUAUCAGCGAGCCCAAGCAGCGAUCGUACCUGUUCAACGCCAUCGACAACAUUCCCUGCAUCCGUAAGAAGGCUGACUGGGCGCUGCGAUGGAUCUCGGACAAGAACUCCACUUUUGCCUGCCGUCUGAUUGCUUUCGCCGCCGUCGAGGGCAUCUUCUUCUCUGGCUCCUUCGCAUCCAUCUUCUGGCUGAAGAAGCGUGGUCUCAUGGCCGGUCUUACCUUCUCCAACGAGCUCAUCUCGCGUGACGAGGGUAUGCACACCGACUUUGCUUGCCUGCUCUUCUCGCACUUGAAGAACAAGCCUUCGCCAGCUCUGGUUCAGUCCAUCAUCACCGAGGCGGUUGCAAUAGAACAGGAAUUCUUGACAGACGCCCUCCCUUGUGCCCUGCUCGGCAUGAACGCCAAGCUUAUGUGCCAGUACAUUGAAUUCGUCGCCGACCGCCUGCUCCUGGCUCUCGGCAACCAAAAGUUCUACAACGCCACCAACCCCUUCGACUUCAUGGAGAACAUCUCCCUUGGCGGCAAGACCAACUUCUUCGAGAAGCGCGUCGGUGACUACCAGAAGUCUGGUGUCAUGGAGGGCUACAAGAAGUCCCAGGCGAAGAAGGACGGCGCUUCUGGCGCCACCGCGGAGGCUGAGCCCGUAAUGAAGGGGGACUUCUCCUUCGAUGAGGAUUUUUAA